UUAAACAGUAAAAUGUGAGUGAAUGAUGACAUGGCAGAGCUUCUUCUUGGGGAGUCCAAACUAGAACUAUUUUUGAAGGAAAAUGCUCUUAAACAGAGCAGUAGCCCACGGGGGCCCGGGCCAAAGCUGACUGAGGUCAGGAAACAUCUCACGGCAGCACUUGAUAGGGGAAACCUAAAGCCAGAAUUCCUACAAGAAGCUAACCUAAUUAUGGCCAAAUUAAACUAUGUGGAAGGAGAUUACAAAGAAGCUCUGAACACAUAUGCCAGAGUUGGAGUUGAUGACUUGCAGCUAGCUGCAGUGCCACCAUACAGGCUACGGAUGAUUGCUGAAGCAUAUUCUACUAAAGGUCUCUGUCUUGAGAAGCUGCCAAUUUCUUCUUCAGCCAGCAACCUCCAUGUGGACCGUGAACAGGAAAUUAUUACAUGCUAUGAGAAGGCAGGGGAUAUUGCUCUUCUGUACCUUCAGGAGAUAGAAAGGGUAAUUAAUGCCAAUAUACAAAACAGAAGCCCUAAGCCAGGGCCCACUACACAUGAACAAGAACUUGGUUUUUUCCUGGAAACAGGACUUCAAAGAGCACAUGUUUUAUAUUUCAAGAAUGGGAACUUGACAAGAGGAGUUGGUAGAUUUAGAGAGUUACUAAGAGCUGUUGAAACAAGAACUACACAAAAUCUGCGAAUGACUAUAGCAAGACAACUGGCUGAAAUUUUGUUACGAGGCAUGUGUGAACAGAGUUACUGGAAUCCACUGGAAGAUCCUCCUCACCAAUCACCCCUAGAUGAUCCACUUCGAAAAGGUUCAAAUACUAAGAAUUAUGCACUCAGCAGAAGACCGCGGGUAUACACUGGAGAAAACAUCUUUUGUCCUCAAGAAAAUACAGAAGAAGCCUUACUGUUGCUGCUUAUUAGUGAAUCUAUGGCCAAUCGUGAUGCUGUACUGAGCCGAAUACCAGAACACAAAAACGAUCGUAUCAUCAGUUUGCAAAGUGCAUCUGUAGUCUAUGAUUUACUUACUAUAGCCUUGGGAAGAAGAGGCCAAUAUGAAAUGCUGUCAGAGUGUUUAGAAAGAGCCAUGAAGUUUGCGUUUGAAGAGUUCCAUCUGUGGUACCAAUUUGCAUUGUCCUUGAUGGCAGCAGGAAAAUCUGCUCGAGCUGUUAAAGUCUUGAAGGAAUGUAUUCGUUUGAAACCAGAUGAUGCAACUAUUCCACUCCUUGCUGCAAAGCUCUGUAUGGGAUCUCUGCACUGGUUGGAAGAAGCUGAAAGAUUUGCCAAAGCAGUUGUCGAUCUUGGGGACAAAACAUCAGAGUUCAAAGCAAAAGGCUACUUGGCACUGGGAUUGACUUACAGUCUGCAGGCUACUGAUGCAUCUUUGCGAGGGAUGCAAGAGGUCUUGCAGAGAAAGGCUCUUCUUGCAUUUCAGAGGGCUCACAGUUUGUCUCCAACAGAUCAUCUGGCAGCAUUUUACUUGGCACUGCAGCUUGCCAUAUCCAGACAGAUACCAGAAGCUUUGGGAUAUGUUCGUCAGGCUCUGCAGCUACAAGGAGAUGAUGCCAACUCUCUCCAUCUUCUUGCGCUCUUGCUAUCAGCCCAGAAACACUAUCAUGAUGCUUUGAAUAUCAUUGAUAUGGCCUUGAGUGAAUAUCCAGAAAAUUUUAUGUGA